AUGAGCGACUUUGACUCCGGGGACGACCUAUUUGAUGGUGUAGAUGCUGACAUGCUAGCAUCUACCCAGUAUUCCUCCGCUGCGGUAAAGCGAAAGCGAGAGCCGGAGAGCAGCCAAGAUGUUGACCUGCUAAAGAAGCAGCGCGAUGUGUCCGGAGAAGUAAACCUUGCCGACGCAUCAGAGCUGAUGCACGUUGCGCAGAACCUGCUUACCGAAACUUUCGGGUACAAAGCGUUUCGCCAUGAGCAAGCAGGCGCAAUUCAAAGGCUUCUCGCUGGCGAAAACGCCCUAACUGUGUUUCCCACUGGCGCCGGAAAGUCGCUUUGCUAUCAGAUACCCGCCUUUUCUUUCGAGCAGCUGGACGUUAAGAGCGGCUCGAAGGCACCCGGCGAGCAUGGCAUCAGCAUUGUCGUCUCACCACUCAUUGCCCUGAUGAAGGAUCAAGUCGACGCGCUGCAACGGCGAAACCUACCCGCUGAAUGUCUCGACUCGACUAAAACCUGGGAGCAAGAGCAGAAAAUCUACGCGGGUCUCCGAGAAGGCAAACUACGCCUUUUGUACUGCGCCCCGGAGCGACUCAAUAACGAAGGCUUCGUCGAAAACAUGCGCAAUGUCCGGGGCGGUGUCCGCCUCUUAGCUGUUGACGAGGCACACUGCGUCUCCGAAUGGGGCCAUUCCUUUCGUCCCGAGUACCUCAAAGUUUCUCGCUUUGCCAACGAGAUCAAGGCGGAGCGGGUAGUCUGCCUCACGGCAACUGCAACGCCAAAAGUUAUCGAGGACAUCUGCGAUGCCUUCCAGAUCCAGCCAGAAGGCGUCUUUCGCACUACCCUCUACCGGCCGAACCUCAACCUCCAUGUAAAGGCAGCAAAAGCUAAAGAGGACAAGGUUCCUCUCCUCUUUGACUUUCUCAACAAAAAUGCAGGACCGACUCUCGUCUACGUCACCCUCCAACAGCAAGCAGAGAUGAUGGCGGCUGACCUGCGAAAGCAUGGCUAUGAUGCGGAGGCAUUUCAUGCCGGGCUGAAUGUGGAACUCAAGACGCAAAUCCAGGACAAGUUUCUGGCUAACAAAGUGCGAAUCAUUGUCGCUACCAUUGCAUUCGGCAUGGGCAUCGAUAAGCCAGACAUCCGCAGCAUUAUCCACUUCGACCUUUCGUCUACGGUGGAAGAGUACUGCCAGCAGAUUGGGCGCGCCGGACGUGACGGGAAAACAAGCAAUUGCAUGUACUAUGUCUGCCCUGACGACUGGUACCUCCGCGAAAACUUUGCCCGAGGCGACUUGCCAUCUCUCCGGUCCCUGAAAGCAUUCUUGAGCGACAUUUUCAAUCGGGAGAACGUAGCCAAGCCCGUCGGAGACAGUUUCAAAACAAGUCACUAUGUCCAAUCGCGCGAAUUUGACAUUCGUACGGGUACACUAGGGACCAUCUACGCAGCACUGGAGUUGCAAUUCGAACUGAUUCGAGCGAUCACGCCGGAGUACAGCGAAUACAAGUUUGUGCCAACAAAUGUGUACUUUGCACGCAUGAGCAAGGAGAAUUCUCCCUCAAGCAAGGCAAUAUACGCCCGGGCUGUUAAAAAGUCAAAGUUUUAUUACGUAGAUGUUAACAGCAUCGUCUCGCAAACGGGGAUCCGCCGCGCCGACAUUGUCAGCAAACUUACAGACCUGAACAACGCUGGCGUCAUUGAGCUCAAGGCCGGCGGCCUCGAGCAGCGAUACCGCAUUAUGCAGCCGCUGCCCUCUUCUGCCGCAGAGAUUGAUGUGCUAGCCGAGCGCCUGCACGUAGAUCUCUCGCGGCGCGAGGAGGACUCCCUGCAGCGCACGAAAAAGGUGGAGGAUCUCAUCACGGGCGACAAGUGCCUCGCGCUCGCCCUAGCGCAGCACUUUGGCAUGGGCUUGCCAGAUGGCAAGUCCAAGUGCGGCCACUGCACGCACUGCCUGACCGGACGGCGGACCGCCAUGCCCCCGCGGCCAAAGAAGGUGACUGACAUGGCGGGCAUUAAGCGAAUACUUGUUGCGUGCGAUGUGCGCGACGAUCCACGAUUUCUUGCUCGCAUUGCCUUUGGCAUCAAGAGCCCGCGGGUAACCAAGUUGAAGAUGGACAAGCACAAGGUGUUCAUGUCUCUCGCUGAUCAUGACUUCAAGUCCCUUCUAAAGGAGUUUACAAAGGCUUGCGAGAUGAGCGAAGUGGGAAGAAAGUGA